AUGUGGUGGGAAACUCUGAAAGUUUACUUCCAAAGACCUCAUGUAUCAGUUGGCUCUCAAACUGAAAGACAUCUCUCAUCAAGCCUGAUUUGGUUCCUGUAUCAGGCAGUCUUGGCGACAAAAGAACAAAAACUGUCAGAUGGCCAGGAGCAGGAGGCCUGUGAAGUACGCCUGCCUAGGCGUGGAAGCGUAACGGAAAAGGACAACCAACAGUCAGAAUUCACUAUUGAAAACUUGGUUGGCACUGUAGCUGAUCUAUUUAUUGCUGGAACAGAGACAACAAGCACCACUCUGAGAUAUGGACUCCUGCUCCUGCUGAAGCACCCAGAGGUCACAGCUAAAGUCCAGGAAGAGAUUGUUCAUGUAAUUGGCAGACACAGGAGCCCCUGCAUGCAGGAUAGGAGCCACAUGCCUUACACAGAUGCUGUAAUACACGAGAUCCAGAGAUAUAUUGACCUUGUCCCCACUGGUGUGCCCCAUGCAGUGACCACUGAUAUUAAGUUCAGAAACUACCUUAUCCCUAAGGGCACAAUCAUAAUGACAUUACUCACUUCUGUGCUACAUGAUGACAAAGAAUUCCCUAAUCCAAAGAUCUUUGACCCUGGCCACUUUCUGGAUGAGAAUGGCAACUUUAAGAAAAGUGACUACUUCAUGCCUUUCUCAGCAGGAAAACGAAUUUGUGCAGGAGAGGGACUUGCCCGCAUGGAGCUAUUUUUAUUUCUAACCACAAUUUUACAGAACUUUAACCUGAAAUCUGUUGCUGAUUUAAAGAACCUCAAUACUACUUCAGCUACCAGAGGGAUUAUUUCUCUGCCACCCUCGUACCAGAUCUGCUUCAUUCCUGUCUGAAGAUGCUAGCCCAUCUGGCUGCCGAUCUGCUAUCACCUGAAACUCUUUUUUAUCAACGACAUUCCCACUGUUAUGUCUUCUCUGACCUCUCAUCACAUCUUCCCAUGCACUCAAUAUCCCGUGAGCAUCCAACCUCCAUUAAGGAGAGUUGUUCAGGUCACUGCACAAAUAUAUCUGUAAUUAUUCAUACUCGUAACACUUGUAUUGACUGUCACAUAUGCUAAUACUUUUCUGAUGCUGACUUUUUAAUAUGUUAUCACUGUAAAACACAGAAAAGUGAUUAAUGAAUGAUAAUUUAGAUCCAUUUCUUUUGUGAAUGUGCUAAAUAAAAAGUGUUAUUAAUUGCUGGUUC